AUGGCUACACCCUCUCAGUGUGUCCAUGACCAAGCGUACAGGGAUCGACGAACGCCAACAUUCGAGCGCCUGAGGGUACAUAGUACAUGCCCGCGUCAAGCUGCCCUGAACUGGUCUGACCGAGGCGAGGGCGCAGAAGCGUGGGGGAAGGUUGCCUACUGGUGUGUAGGGGCCCCAUUAGAACCAUUGCGUGCUGACCAGGAUCUGAGCAUGUCAUUGUCGCUAUCCCAAAGCAGCUCCGCUCAAUUCUCCACCAACAUUCGUGUCGUCUCCAUGAGAAUGAAGAUUCUUUAUUGCGGGGUAUAUAUGGAUUCGACAGAAUGGGAUUCUUUUGGUUGUUGA